AUGGGCUUGGAAGAGGAGGUAAAAGUGAGAUUUUGGGAGAAUUUAUAUGAGGUGGUGAGAAGCGUUCCUAGCUUGAAGAAGACUGUCAUAUCAGGGGACUUCAAUGGGCACAUUGGGGUUUUACCAGGAGGUUAUGACGAUGUUCAUAGAGGUUUUGGUUUUGUUGAUAAAAAUGGUGAGGGAGCUACUAUGUUGGAUUUUUCUAGGGCCUUUGGGCUUGUGGUAGUGAAUUCGAGCUUUUUGAAGGGGGAUCACCUGAUUACCUUCCAAAGCACGUUAGCCAAAACUCAGAUUGAAUUUCUACCGCUCAGGAAAGGGGAUAGGGUUUUAUGUAAGGAUUGUAAAGUCAUUCCGAAUGAGCUUCUUUUGACCCAGCAUAGGUUUUUGGUAUUGGACUUGAUUAUCAAAAAGAGCAAGAAAUGUAAGGUUGAAAAGUCGUUGACUUAG